AGGCGAGGCUUGCCCAGUCCGGCCAAUAAGGGCUGGAGUUGCGGUGGUAGUUGGGCGCGCGAGGCUGACGCAUGGCGGAUGCAGUGUUGUUUGAAUUUCUGCACACCGAGAUGGUGGCGGAGCUCUGGACUCCCGACCCCGACCCAGGCUCGGGGGGACAGAAGACAUGCCCGUCUGUCCUGGAGAGCAUGGGGUUCCGCGUGGGCCAGGCUCUGGGUGAGAGCAUCAGCUUGGGCCCCAGCCUGCCCUGCCCUGCCCUGCCCUGCCCUCCCCUGCCCUGCCCUCCAGGCUGCCCCGAGACACUCCGGCCUUCAGGGAGGAGCUGGAUGUCCUCAAGUUCCUGUGCAAAGACCUGUGGGUGGCCGUGUUCCAAAAGCAGAUGGAUGGCCUUCGCACCAAUCACCAGGGGACCUACGUCUUGCAGGACAACAGCUUCCCGCUCCUCGUCCCGAUGGCCUCAGGCCUGCAGUAUCUGGAGGAAGCCCCCAAGUUCCUGGCCUUCACCUGCGGCCUUCUGUGUGGCGCCCUCCAUACCCUGGGCUUCCAGAGCCUGGUCACCGCCUCCGUGGCAGCCCUGCCCGCCUGUAAGUUCCAGGUGGUGAUCCAGAAACCUUGAGGACCCAGUCACCCCUGCCCAGCCGCAGAGCACCCCUGGUUUUCACCCCUCUGGAGACAGCGGGCACCUCGGCCCAGGACCUUGGGUGGCUGCCCUGGGGGCGGUCUUGGGGUCAGUGCCGGGACUCCAGUUCUCAGUGUCCCGUGCUCAACGGGAGCUCAGGGCGCUGGAGGCAAUGUGUCCUACUGGUCAGGACUGGUGGCAGGAUAUGCGCGACAUCACUCAGGUGUUAAUAAAGUUCUGUAUGUGGCA